AGAGGUGGUGUGAGAGGCGGGGUUCUGAGUCGCCGGGCUCUACCUGAAGGGCUCGGUGCGGAGUGUGCUGCGGCGGUUCCCGCGGAGGCCUCCUUCCGCCGGGGGGGUCAUGAGAGGUGACAGAGCCCUGAAACAAAGAAAUCUGGAUCAGAAGAAAAGUAUCAAAGGGCCAUGCAAGCCAACUGUAACCAAUUGUACAGUCCUCCUGGAACUGCAAGUGGUGAAGAUGCCUCAGCCUCCCAGUGUGUCCAUACAUCAAGACUGACAGGAGAAGUUUCCUGUCUUCAUUCUGGAGAUAUUCAUAUCCAGAUCAACUCCAUCCCUAAAGAAUAUGCUGAGAAUUCAGGCUCCAGAAAUAUAAGGUCAGGCGUCCAUAGCUGUACCCACGGAUGUGUACAUAGUCAUUACCAGAGUCACUCCCGCGGUGAAACAAGACAGCCUGAUAAUAUUGCCACCGAGUCUGGAGAACAUGGAAGUAGCUCCUUCUCAGAGUUUCGCUCUCUCUUCAAGUGGUUGCAAAAAAGUCUUCCUUAUAUUCUGAUUCUGGGUGUCAAACUUGUUAUGCAACAUAUAACAGGAAUUUCUCUUGGAAUUGGGCUGCUAACAACUUUUAUAUAUGCAAACAAAAGCAUUGUAAAUCAGGUUUUUCUAAGAGAGAGGGCCUCAAAGAUUCAAUGUGUUUGGCUACUGGUAUUCUUAGCAGGAUCCUCUCUCCUUCUAUAUUACACCUUUAAUUCUCAGUCACUAUAUUACAGCUUAAUUUUCUUAAAUCCUACAUUGGAUCACUUGAGCUUCUGGGAAGUACUUUGGAUUGUUGGAAUUACAGACUUCAUUCUGAAAUUCCUCUUCAUGGGCUUAAAAUGCCUUAUUUUACUGGUGCCUUCCUUCAUCAUGCCCUUUAAAUCAAAGGGUUACUGGUAUAUGCUUUUAGAAGAAUUAUGUCAGUACUACCGAACUUUUGUUCCCAUACCAGUUUGGUUUCGUUAUCUUAUAAGCUAUGGGGAGUUUGGUAAUGUAACGAAAUGGAGCCUUGGAAUAUUGCUGGCUUUACUCUACCUCAUACUAAAACUCUUGGACUUUUUUGGACAGUUGAGAACUUUCAGACAGGUUUUACGAAUAUUUUUUACACGACCAAGUUAUGGAGUGGCUGCCAGCAAGAGACAGUGUUCAGAUGUAGAAGAUAUUUGUUCAAUAUGCCAAGCUGAAUUUCAGAAGCCAAUUCUUCUCAUCUGUCAGCAUAUAUUCUGUGAAGAAUGUAUUACCUUAUGGUUCAACAGAGAGAAAACAUGUCCACUAUGCAGAACUGUGAUUUCAGAUCGAAUAAAUAAAUGGAAAGAUGGAGCCACUUCAUCUCAUCUUCAAAUAUAUUAACUUGUAUAAACUAUUAAAGGCCACACUACACUGACUAUUCAUAAAGGCAUUUGAGUGUAUUUUUCAGGGCUG